AUGCGACUCAACGGCGCUGCAGGCGACGUCCCUCGCAAGGUGGACGUCGACCCGUACUUUGACAACACCAAGCUCAUUUUUGGAGAAGCAGGCAGCAAGGUGCCGUACACUCCUCAAAACACAUGGGCCGCGCCCAAUGGCGACCGACAAGACUACCUCGAAAAGACCAAGGGAAUGACGGCCAUGCAGAGGCACGUCGCGUUCUUUGACGGCGACUGCGAUGGUGUGAUCUGGCCCACAGACACUUUCUUCGCCUUCCUAUCGCUCGGCUUCGGCUUCAUCCUCUCGGCGAUGGCGGUGAUCAUCAUCCAUGGUCCCUUCUCGUAUCCCACGCUGCCGCGCAAGGGCAACAAGCUGCUGGAUUGGCUUCCGGAUCCGUUCAUGCGAAUCUACGUGGCCAACAUCCAUCGCUGCAAGCACGGCUCCGACUCGCAGUCUUACGAUCGCCGAGGCAACUUCCGACCGAGCCAGUUUGAGAGCAUCUUGGACGACUACUCUACGCGCUACAACACGGAUGCGCUUUCCUUUUCGGAUGCCAUGGCCAUGCUCCGCGAGCGACGAGACCUGAUGGAUCUGUUCGGUUGCUUUGCCUUCAUGUUCGAGUGGGGCAGCUCGUACAUGCUCCUCUGGCCUGCCGAUGGCUACAUGCGCAAGGACGACAUUCUCGGCAUCUUUGAUGGCUCCAUCUUUGUGGUGCUGGCUCACCGUCACAAGACUGGACGAGGCGGCGGAGCAUUUCAGCCAAAGAAGGCCGGAUGA